AUGAGGGAGAAGGGGAGAUGUUGUUGGAUACAGUGGCUAGGACGAGCCCGGGGGAGGGCGGAGCGGUCUCGAGGUCGUCGGGACAGCAGGCGCAGGCGGAAGGUGGCAACCCCUCGUCGCACAUCGCCGUCGAGCUACUCCCUCCGUUCGCCGAACGCCGCGUCGCUUAUGCAAGGGUGCCUCGAGAUCGCAGAGAGCGGGACGGGCAGGUCAAAGGGCGGGCGGAACGACGGCGAUUUGCGCUUGACGCUCUCCUACGUCAACGAACGACUCGCUGAGUACCGCGCCCAACUCCUCGCAUCCGGCACGCAACCCUCCGACGUCCAGAUCGAGACCGAGAAGCGCGCCAACAUGCUCGAAGCGUCACUCGAAGUGGCGGCGAGCGGAGGAGGGAGGAGCAGCAUGGGAAACAACGAGGACUUUUUGCGGCAAAAUCUCUCGUGGCUCGACACUCGCAUCGCCAAGCUAAAGGUGAACCCAUCCGCCGUCUCUUCCGCCCCCCGCCCUCCGCUUCCCAAUCACCGCGUGUCCGCCCUCCUUCCCUCCGACAUCGCUCCCUAUCCGACGCACCAACACCCUCUAACUCGGCCGUUCAGUCCCGCUCGCCCCGGCGGCUUCUCGCCCGCUCCGGCCUAUCGCCCCUCGCCGACACUCGCUUCGGGACUCUCGAACCGCGGUAUGGGAGUUGGACCGGUACCGCAGAAGGCGAGCUCGGCGACUAGCGGGACCGAGAGCCAGAAUAGCGAGACAUCAGCGGCGAUGGCGGCGAGGAAGGGUCGCGAGGAAGCGCAGGGCGACAAUCGCGAGCAGAUGGAGGCGGUCGAUGCGAAGGUCGCGACGCCAGCGACGGCGCGCUUUAGGCCGGCGGGAGGUGCUGCGGCGGAACAGUCGUUCCAGGGCGACGGCACGACCCUCGCGGUCUCAGCGAGCGAGCGCGCCGACUCGACACGGACUCGAUGCCAGCCGGACGCGCACGAGGACGUUUCGGCCCUCUUCGACGGCGUUGACUUCGACGGCGACCUCGACACGCAGGAGGAGAGCCUCGAGAUCGUCGAGUCUCCCGCUCCUCGUCCGGCCGCCGUAAGAGCGCAGAAGCCCCCUUCCGGUCUCCGCCUCGGUGCGCCGGCCGUGCGGCUUGACAGUCCGCCUCCUCGAUACGAGCCGCCUCAGCAGGGCCAGUAG